CCAGGGUUCCCAUUUUUGGAAUCUGCCCCAUAACUUUGCCAUACCGAGGCCCAGAGUUUGUGUAGAGAAGCUUCGUGUCCAAAAUUUCACUUCUUUGUAAAUACUACCCUUUACAGGCAUCUAAAAAUUUUCUUCCUGGUCCUCUUAUUUCUUCUCCUUUUCAUUGAAAGUCACCAAAUCUUCUGCUUACAUUGCUGGUUAUCUCCCUCCAACUCGGGCCUUCACCACUUCGUCUCUGAUUCAGUACUCCUCCUAGCGCCAUCAUCAGCAGCGUGGGAUCAUGGAGUGGCUCGGGCAUGCAUCGAUUUCAUUUACCAAUUGUGCAACCCCCUUAGCACUCAGGAAAAAGGAUGGCACGCCAACAGAAUUGCUCUCUGUUUGUGAAGAGUCUACACCACCAUGUCGCCUGAAUCCAUUGCUCUUCAAUGGUCACGUGCAGACAAUGUGGACAGCACUGAAGAAUGAUGGUCCCCCGAUAUUCUACAAGCGCAAGAUUUUUGAGAAUGAAGAUCCAGCUUACCAUGGCUCAUUUGCUGUUGACUUUGUCGUCCCAACUAACACGGAAGUUGACGAUACGCUACCCAUCAGGACAACUUACUUUUCGGAAGAAGCAUUUGAAGGCAUUGGAUCAUUGGACAACCGUCCGAUGCUGGUCGUGUUACAUGGACUUUCCGGAGGAUCUUAUGAGAUCUACUUGAAGCACGUAUUAGCACCUCUUAUCGCCGCUGAGGGAGAUAGACAGUGGGAAGCGUGUGUGAUCAAUUCUCGAGGUUGUGCGAAUCACAAGAUCACAAGUAGUAUAUUGUACAAUGCCAGAGCUACUUGGGAUUGCCGGCAAACUGUGAAGUGGCUGAGAAAGAAGUUUCCGAACAGGCCGCUGUUCGGUGCUGGAUUUUCUUUGGGGGCUAACAUCCUGACAAACUACAUUGGCGAGGAAGGAGCAGCUUGUGAAUUGAAGAGCGCUGUCAUAUGCUCAAAUCCUUGGAACCUUGAUGCAGGAUCUUUGGCCCUCCAGAGAACAUGGCUCGGAAGAGAGAUCUAUUCGAAGACCAUGGGAGCAAACAUGAAGAAGUUGAUCGAGCGUCAUCAUGAUGAGGUAUCAAAGAAUCCCGCACUGGAUUUCGAAAAGAUCCGUAGUGUGACAUACCUCCACGAAUUCGACAGAGAAGUACAAGGACCGACUUGGGGCUACCCGACAGAAGGAGCAUAUUAUCGUGAUGCAUCGUCGACUGAUUCGUUGUUCUCAAUCCGUAUCCCGCUUUUUGCAAUAAACGCAAAAGAUGAUCCUAUCGCAGUAGAUGAAGCGCUGCCAUACGAAGAAGUAAAACAAACACCCUACGCUGUACUAUGUACCACCUCUCUUGGCGGACAUCUCUCCUGGUUCGAGAUUGGGGGCCAUAGAUGGCAUGCUCGGCCGGCUGUCAAUUUCUUGAACAAGAUGGCUUUCGAGAUCGACGUCGAGAAUGUUGUCGAUUCCGCUAGACACAUGCCGUCCAAAGACCACCUGAGUCAUGCCCGGUUCCAUCCAAUGAAUCGUAAAUGGAUUAAUGAGUGAUAUGCGAACGAGUUCCCACUACAUUUGUAACAUGACUCUAGACUGUAUAUAUCCAUAGACGGCGAUUUGCUAGACUUCCCCGAAAGCAUGGCAGAACGGUAAUCCGAGCCUGCAGUUUGGUUGUGUUUUGUACCAUAGAGUAGAAUUAUCAAACUUCAUCAGAAGUUGUGAAAUACUAGUAACCAAAUUAGAAAAAUAAGAAUGCCGAAAACUCCGA